GUAGGCAGGCUAUAAACAUAAAUUUCAUGUAUAUUAUUUUUACAGUUGCGGUAAGAAAAAAUGAAGCAGCCGUAGCAACGCACGGGCAUUCAGCUAGUAUGACAUAAAGUAUGUAUAAAACAUGUAGGUAUCAUCAAUAAAGUAGCAUGGAACAUAAGAAAUUAUCGAUACGUUGGAGACGUAUCACACUCCAUGCGCUGUGUUGUACUUGGUGUUUCCAAUGCGUGUGCCAAAACCAAGCUUCCAUGCAUAGUCAUUGUAUACUUGUUUUGCUACUUCAAGGUCAUCGAAUAUCAUACCAACAAAUGGAACCACAGGCUGUGAACAUAUUUCUUUGCCAUCUUCUUCAGCAAGGUCGGAAGCACCUGCAGUUGCUGUACUAUGUGGUCCGGGAACAAAAUUUGUUGCAUCAUUCCCAUCUUGAUCAGCACCAGCAUAACCUUCCGUUUGUGCUAGUUUGUUGAGGUCAAAACCUUGUAGGAUGCUGUCGGCAACAAACCCAUGUUGACAUAACAUGAAUUGCUAUUUUAGUCUUUUAUUAGCAGCAACUUUUUUGCGGCAUUAUGUUAAAAUGACUCACAUUUGCAGCAUACAUGAUCAACUAAAUAUGACUAACAAUAUGUACAACACUAUCGUAGCAGCAAUUUCUAUGCAACAUCAGUUGCUGCAUGAGCACAAAUAUUUUUAUACAAGAUCAAUUUGAUAUCACUUGUAGCAAUUUUCAUCAUCUGACUACAGGGUAACUAACUCCAGAAGCUUGUUGCAGCAUAGAAGCAAACCGUAGCGGCAAAAUUCGUGGAGAUUGGAGGGAAGAACUCAACGAUGCAGCUGGUUGUUCAAUCUCGAGGUUGUGGUCGAAAAACACUGGAGGAUUGUUGAAUCUUCCAUGGAUGGGUUGCUGCAACGGUCCUCCUGCGCUGGCGUUCGCAGUAUCUGCCGCAACUCGCCGACGAGGAUCCUGAUUAGAUCCAGAGUUUGAAGCAACAAUGGGUGGUGAAACUAGGUGGUUCUUAUGGCCAAGAGGGGGGUAAAACACGGAUCGGAGCAGAUGCGCCAUUGAUUACGCGGCGAAGGUUGCUGCAGGGCUUGUCGCCUGCGGUUGCCGCGCGACCGUCGCCAGUCGCGGGGCCAGCAGCAAAAGCGGGACCGUGUCUCGCUAGCGACCAGAUCCUACGGUGCAGGAUGCUCUGAUCGUACGGCUACGAACCCGGGGCUGGGAGUUCUAAUCCCCCGGGGACGCCAAACAGUUUUCCGGCUAGCUGGGCUGUAUGUUAUCCUAGAUGGGUUUGAGUCUGCUCAAAACGCGAUAAAUACAACGAGCGGACCUUAUGGCGCCCGGACCCAAUCCUGGCCGUCCGGUACUGAUGAAGAUUCGCGCUCGGCCAUUUUGCAAAAAGAUCCCUGUAUUUGUUUCCUCAAAACAUAAAAACGAUCGUUGUAAAAAAACCAUAAAAACGGAGUCCGCCCGCGAGUCCGAUUCCUAUUCCGAAAUGGGUUUGUCUUCUGUUUACACGCGAAUUAGUGGCAGGUGCGUCGUCGAUCCUGCAUUGUGGGCUCCUGCCUAUAUACUGUAGAUAUAUCACCAGAAUACAAUGUCGACUCGUCAGUUUAUUACUACACAAAUUAACUAUCCCGUUGAUCGUGCGGCGUUCCUUUCAAGAUUAUAACUUGCUGCUUGCCUAACCAAUGGCAACAGUUUUAAUGGCCGACGAGUGCAUGGAGCGCGCACUGGCCUUCGCCAUAGACAGCAGCUCGGCGGCCCAGCACUGGCUCGUCCCGCUUCCAUCCCAGCACCAGCAAGACGCGGUGGCAUUGCAGCAGCAGCUUGGAUCAGCCGGAGACUUGGCAGAGGAGCUCAGUCGAUCGGUCCUCCUUGUCGCCGAGGUCCUCUUCCUGCACGGCGUCCUCGGCGACGACGAUGUCCUGCGGGUCCUGUCGGCCAUGCCAAAUCCCGGCGACGCCUACCGCAACGGCGGCUUCGGAGGAGUCCCCGCAACGGCGGCGGCGGUGGCCGGCCUGGAGAAGCGUGCUUAUCGUUGUGGGGAAGGCCAACAAGGCGGCCUUGGCACAACGGACACGGGCUGCGUGAUCUGCUUGGAGGAGUUCGUGGCGGGUGACCAGCUAGGCGUGAUGCCGUGCUCGCGGAAACACAGCUUUCACCGGGGUUGCAUCGCCGAGUGGCUGUGCCGCAGCAACGCGUGCCCCCUCUGCCGGCACGCGCUGCCUUCCUAGCAUAGCGCGG